AUGGGAUGUGUUUUGGGGCAAUAUGAUGAUUCUAGCAAGAAAGAAAGGGCUAUUUACUAUCUGAGCAAAAAGUUCAAUGAUUGUGAAGCUCGAAUGGAUCCAAUCAAGUAUGUGUUUGAAAGUCCAUAUCUACCAGGGAGAAUAGCCAAAUGGCAAGUCAUACUGUCCCAAUAUGAUAUCAUCUAUAUGACCAGAAAGGCUAUAAAGGGAAGUAUUAUAGCAGCUCUUUUAGCAGAAAAUCCAAUUGAGGAAUAUGAAGCUUUGGAUUUUGAAUUCCCGGAUGAGUAUGUAAAUACAGUGGAGGAAGAAAUGGGAGAGCAGAGUGAUGUCUGGCAAAUGUAUUUUGAUGGAGCAGUCAAUUUAUCAGGUAGUGGAAUCGGAUCAGUCUUGGUAACUCCUGAUGGAAAACAUUUCCCAAUUACAGUAAAGUUAAAAUUUGAAUGUACAAAUAACGUCGUUGAAUAUGAAGCUUGUGUGAGUGGUUUACAAGCAGCUAUUAAAAUGAAAAUCAAGAAGUUAAAAGUCUAUGGCGACUCAGCUUUAAUAAUUUAUCAAGUGAAAGGGGAAUGGCAGACUCGAGAUCCGAAGUUGAUUCCAUACCAGAAAUAUCUCAUUGAAUUAAUUAAGAAAUUUGAUGAGAUUACUUUUACUCAUUUAAGUCAUGAUAAGAAUCAGUUGGCCGAUGCUCUAGCAACACUAGUUGUCAUGGUACAAAUUGAGGAAGGUAAAGGAGUGCAGAUUCUUCUUAUAAAGGCCAAAGAUAACCCUGCUUAUUGCUUAAUGAUCGAAGAAGUAGUGGAUGGGAAGCCCUGGUAUUAUGAUAUUCAACAAUAUAUCAAGACAAGGGAAUAA